AUGAAGGCAGAUUACUGUUAUAUCGUCGCAUCUCUAGCAAGAGUGACGCUGGGGUCAGUAUCCCAGCGACCCUUGCAUGGAAACUCGAUCAACGAAAACGCGAAAUCUCCUAGCGUAGACUUGGACAGAAUUAUCAAUGAAUCUCCUCUCUUGUCAUUCCACAGAGACAUUGUGCGAAUUCCAUCAAUCAGUGAACACGAGCAAAAUGUUGGAAACUUCGUCUUGGACUUCAUCCGCUCACACAACCUGACCGUUGAGAAACAAAUUGUCACACCAGAGAGUGACACCGAGGAAGAAAGAUUCAACGUCUACGCCUACACUGGGGAAAACAGGUUUCCAAAGGUGGUGCUGACCAGCCAUAUCGAUACUGUCCCACCGUUCAUUCCUUACUCGCUUCAUCCCCCGGCCUCAGAUAGCCCAGAGAAUCUGGCAUUCAAUCGGUCAGACCUUGUUAUCGCUGGCCGCGGCACAGUAGAUGCUAAAGCCAGUGUCGCGGCUAUACUAUUUGCUGCCCUGGAAACACUGGAUUCCAACCCCGACGCUUCAAUCGGGUUGUUGUUCGACGUCGGCGAAGAGAAGAGUAGCGUUGGAAUGAAACAUUUCUCAAACUCGGAUCUCAACCCAGCACCACCUACAUUCCACACAGUCAUAUUCGGAGAGCCAACAGAACUUAAGCUUGUCGCCGGACACAAAGGUGCCCUUGGCUUCAGAAUUGCCGCUGAAGGAAAAGCAGCGCAUUCGGGUUACCCAUGGCUCGGGAAAAGUGCCAUCUCCUCCCUUCUUCCUGUUUUAUCGUACCUCAAUACCCUGCAAGAUAUCCCGCCUGAAAAAGGUGGACUUCUCCGUAGUGAGAAGUUUGGUCAAUCGACAUUGAAUAUUGGGGUCGUGCGCGCUGGUUUAGCUGCUAAUGUCGUUCCUGCGUAUGCGGAGGCGACCAUUUCCGUUCGUCUCGCGGCUGGGAGUCCAGACGACACGAGAGAGAUUGUGAGGAAGGCAGUUGAAGAUGUGACUGGCGGAGAUGGAAGCGUCUAUCUUGACUUUGGGGACAGUGAGAACGGCGCUCCACCGCAACAUCUUGAUUCCGACGUUGAUGGGUUUGACGUGAUUACUGUGAAUUACGGAACUGAUAUCCCGUCCUUGAAGAUUAAUACCCCGGGAGGUUCAAAAGUCAAGCGGUAUCUUUACGGGCCAGGUAGCAUCCAUGUUGCCCAUGGAGAUGACGAGGCAAUCACCGUGGGAGAGCUUGAAGAGGCCGUCCGAGGAUAUAAGAGGUUAAUCUCGGCCGCGCUGGGCGCCCACUAG